AUGGUCGGGUCCCAGGUGGGUAUUGACGAUAACUACAUGGUCGGUGCUCACGGUAACUACAUGGUCGGGCCCCAGGUGGGCAUUCACAGUAACUACAUGGUCUGGUCCCAGGUGGGUAUUCACGGCAACUACAUGGUCGGGUCCCAGGUGGUCAUUCACUGUAACUACAUGGUCGGGUCCCAGGUGGUCAUUCACUGUAACUACAUGGUCGGGUCCCAGGUGGUCAUUCACUGUAACUACAUGGUCGGGUCCCAGGUGGGGAUUCACGGUAACUACAUGGUCAGGUCCCAGGUGGGCAUUCAUGGUAACUACAUGGUCGGGUCCCAGGUGGGUAUUCACAGUAACUACAUGGUCGGGUCCCAGGGGGGGAUUCACGGUAACUACAUGGUUGGGUCCCAGGUGGGUAUACACGGUAACUCCAUGGUCAGGUCCCAGGUGGGCAUUCACUGUAACUACAUGGUCGGGUCCCAGGUGGUCAUUCACUGUAACUACAUGGUCGGGUCCCAGGUGGGUACUGACGAUAACUACAUGGUCGGAUCCCAGAUUCACAGUAACUACAUGGUCGGGUCCCAGGUGGUCAUUCACUGUAACUACAUGGUCGGGUCCCAGGUGGUCAUUCACUGUAACUACAUGGUCGGGUCCCAGGUGGGGAUUCACAGUAACUACAUGGUCGGGUCCCAGGUGGGGAUUCACAGUAACUACAUGGUCGGGUCCAAGGUGGAUAUUCACGGUAAAUACAUGGUCGGGGCCCAGAUGGACAUUCACGGUCGGGUCCCUGGGGGGUAUUCACGGUAA